AUGCGUCUCAGCCUUCUCCCCUUGAUUGCCCUCGCUGGCUCUGCCUUCGCAUCUGGAGAUUCUAUCUCGACGGCCAUUGAUAACAUCUCCAAUGCCACGCUCGCUCUCAACAAGACCGUAGCGACGUGGCCGCAGACCCUCCUCGGUGCUCUGCCAAUUACUACAAAGUCAACACUGCUCCUCACCGAGAUCCACAAGGGCUUUGUGAUCGCUCGCGAGUCUGAGCCACUAUCUCUCGAGGAAACCCUCCAAGUCGCAAAGGCUACAUCCGAGCUCAGCGCCGACGUCGAGCUCACCAUCAACACCAUCAUUGCCGCCAAACCCAACUUUGACAGACUACAAGUCAGCCCCGUCAUCCUCCUCAACCUCAACCUACAGCGCGCCCUUAGCCAGGACUUUUCGGAAGCGGUCAUAUCCAAGGUGCCCAAAGACCUCCAAGGAAACGCAAAAGCACUGGUACAAGGCAUCGACGACAGUUUUGCAAGGGCUAUAAGCAAGUACAGCAAACUACGAGGUUAA